GAAGAGGAGCAAGUCGCCGUUGUAGUUGUGUAGAGGUCACGGUAAGUAAGCCGCGCCCACCGGAGGGAAGACUGCUUACCCACCACACCCACUUCGCCAUCCGGAUGGUUGGACUGAGCCUCCUCCGAAUUCCAUAGUGCCACCACACGACCACAGAAAAAGUUCAUCUGCUGCUCAACCCGUGACCCGUCACACCCGGCGACAAGCAGAGAGAGAGAGCCGUUUUUUUUUAUUUACUUUCACAACCAACUUCCUGCUACCACCCGAUCGGUCCUCAACAACCCCACGACAGUCGCAUCCCAGCUCCGGAAUCACCCUUACAUGCAAGAGACACUUGCCAGCUAAAUAGUCAACAGUCAAUUGGUCCUUCUCGGCAAGAAGGACGUGCGCGGGAAACACGGGAAACAUGCAGCUCCGGACGGGAGCGGCUUCGGUGGUUCGGACCGGUCUUGGUCUUACACAGUCGAGAUGUGCCGUACAAAGCCUUACAGUAGUGCCCCUCGAGCGGAGGAUACGGCAGUCCAAGGCCCUCUACCACAACACCAAGAAGAACGACUCGGCAUGGGCUGCUGCUGUCUCGGUGGCCGGCAACAUUGUCAACAAUGCCGUGACCAAGGCCAUCAAGGGCACCGACGGUCUGCCCACCAUUGACCCUCUGCGUCUUGUCGCGGGCGAGAUGAAGUUCCUAACAGGCAACAUCCGCAAGCUCCUGGGUUCUGGCCACCCCUCGCUCGACCGCGCCGCCAAGUACUACACACAGGCCGAGGGCAAGCAUGUGCGCCCAUUAAUUGUCCUUCUCAUGUCUCGCGCCACCGCUUUGUGCCCCAAGGCUCCUCAAAGGCAACAAUCGACUCUCCAGGCCUCGGCCGCCAUUGAUACCUCGAUCUCGCCCCUCAACAUCCUCUCCGACUUCAACCCUUCUGACGCCACUCCCGUCUCCAUUCCCGCAGAUACCGACAUCCUCCCUUCCCAGCGACGACUUGCCGAGAUCACCGAGCUGAUCCAUACCGCCUCCCUUCUUCACGACGAUGUCAUCGAUCACUCCGAGUCCCGCCGCGGCGCUCCCUCUGCCAACCUCGAAUUCGGAAACAAGAUGGCCGUCCUGGCUGGUGACUUCCUUCUCGGCAGAGCCUCCGUCGCCCUUGCCCGCCUCCGCCACGCCGAAGUUGUCGAGCUCCUUGCUACCGUCAUUGCCAACCUUGUCGAGGGCGAGUUCAUGCAGCUCAAGAACACGGCUCGCGACGAAAAGAACCCCAAGUGGUCCGAGGAGACUCUCACCUACUACCUCCAAAAGACCUACCUCAAGACCGCUUCCCUGAUCAGCAAGAGCUGUCGCGCGUCUGCGCUGCUGGGCGGCGCUGAUGCGGCGACGGUGGAUGCUGCCUACUUGUAUGGCAAGAACCUCGGCUUGGCCUUCCAGCUGGUCGACGACAUGCUGGACUACACUCGCAGUGAGAAAGAGUUGGGCAAGCCUGCCGGUGCUGAUCUUGAGCUGGGCUUGGCGACUGCUCCUCUACUGUUUGCCUGGAAGACGAUGCCGGAGCUUGGUCCGUUGGUUGGCAGGAAAUUUGAGAAGGAGGGUGAUGCUGCUAGGGCAAGAGAGUUGGUUCUCCAGAGCAACGGUAUCGAGCAGACCCGUGCUCUCGCCCAGGAUUACGCCGAAAAGGCCAUCGAGGCCAUCAGCGGCUUCCCAGACAGCGAAGCCAAGGAUGGCCUAAUAGAAAUGGCCGUCAAGACGCUAAAGCGCAACAAGUAAAGCACCACCGAAAAGCAAACAAGAAAAAGGGCGAUCAGCGGUUAUUGUAACACCUGCUGAACGAUAAAAACCAGAUGAGAAAUGCAUACAUGUGCUACUAUGUAGUAGCCCCUGGGUAGAGUGGCAAAAGAGUCGAGAUUAAGCAUAGAGUAGAGGUAGGUAGCCACAUAUGUUUGGCUACGGAUGUACA